UCGUCCAAAUCCGGACACCACACAUUCCUUUCUUUUUGCAUACGUUGCCCAAACCCUAACUCAUUUCUCCACUUCAGUCUUCAUUUUUGUGAUUAAAACUAGUGUCAUCAAAGCAGUAGCACAGAGAGAGAGAGAGAGAGAGAGAGAGUUCCAAGCCAUGGCUAAAAGCUCCUUCAAGCUCGAACAUCCCCUCGAUCGGUUUUGUAAAAUUCUCCACAAAGCUUACUUGUGUACAUGUUAACAUGUGUUGCAUUUUUGUCUGCAUUCCAGAAAGGAGGCAGGCAGAAUCUGCUCGAAUCAGGGAGAAGUAUCCUGAUAGAAUACCGGUUAUUGUGGAGAAGGCUGAGCGAAGUGAGAUACCCAACAUUGACAAGAAGAAAUAUCUGGUUCCUGCUGAUCUGACUGUUGGGCAGUUUGUAUAUGUGGUCCGGAAAAGGAUUAAGCUUAGUGCUGAGAAGGCCAUAUUUAUCUUUGUCAAGAAUAUCUUGCCACCAACUGCUGCCAUGAUGUCUGCUAUUUACGAGGAAAACAAAGAUGAGGAUGGGUUUCUUUACAUGACUUACAGUGGGGAGAACGCUUUUGGAACAUUCUGAGUGUUGUCUAGCUGAAUUAUAUGUGAAUUAUAUUUUUAAGAAGCAGAUCAAGAUUAUGUAUAUUCUUUGCUGUCAGCUCUAAUUGGUGCAUUCCAACUUGAGGAUCUUUCUUAAAAAACUCGCUCGGACUCUAUGGAUAUACUGUGUAGUAAAUGUUAUAUAGUUAACCCUUGGAAUAUUUUGAUGAAUGCUACGGUAAAUAGUUUCUAAAAGUACACAUUA